UCCCAUGUUCUAUUAACACCUGUGGCUACAGUGGAUGCACAAUUCCUCAGCUCUGCAACUCUCACUUUUUCUAUGUCCAUGUCUAUGGCAAUUUCAAGGUACCCUCUUUCUUCUUUCGUUUCAGCAUCUCUGACCUCACUGUCUCUUCUCUUCCACCUAGUUUCUUCCCUUUCGGUGCUCUCACAGAACCACCCUCUGCCCAAGGCCAUUGAGUCAUCCGGGGUCUAACAUCAGCAAGUUUACUCAGAGUAUGCUAUAAAGUUUCAAUCUUUCUGGUGGAAACUUCCUUUUUCUGUCCUCAAUUGGGAUACCCAUUUCUAAUUUUUGCUGAUUGUUACCUCUGGAGCUGUUUAAAACCCAAUAGUUUUUCUGGCUAUUGGGUUUUUCAAUCUCUGGAUCAAUUUUUCUGAAGGGUUUCUUUCUGAUCUGUUUGUAGACAUAGACAUUAAUUAGAGGUUUCUGUGGCUCUGGUCAACUUUGGAGCAUUUUCGGUUUCAGCAGAGGAUCAUGCCCUUUCUGAGGCUUGUGAGAUUGAGAAAAGGGUCAAUUUAGUCCUUAGAUGAUGCUUUUCUCUGAUUCCAAACCCCUUCUUAAUUGUUGAGAUGAUUUUUUAUUUUUUAUUUUGGUUAGAUGCCAUUUGGAAGGGCAUACCUGUUUAAUUAGGGUUUCUGACUUUUUCCCAGAUGAAAAAGUACUGUUUCUGAGGAUUUUAGUUAGUUUUAUGUAGUAAACAUUUUUGAGUUUUCACGAGUAGCUCUUAUUAGGAGUGAGGAAAUUGAGGUUGUUCGGAGGGUUAUUGGUUGAUUAGGAUGGUAAUAUGCUAGGAGUUUCUUACUUUAUGGCUGUGGAUUUGUCUGAUUGUCCUUUUGACUAAUGAAUCAAAAGGGUCAGGAACCUUUGCCAUUGCUUUGAAAUCAAGUGCUUAUCUGGUAUUCUCUUCAAGAUGACUGUAAGCAAUCGCUGUUUUGUGGAAUGGAAAGAGCAGUUUGUUUCGCAGGAGCGUGGCAACCGCGUUGUUCAUUAUUACCUGAAGGAUUCUGUUGGGGAAUCCAUCCUUGCAGUUGUGGGCACUGAACGGAGUGUUAGACACAUGUGCUAUGUUGUUGCUGAGGAGUUCCUUGAAAUUGUUGGGAAGGAGGGUUCCAUUCCAAUUGGUUUCAAAUGGAGAUCUAGAAGAGAGGUGGUGGAUUGGCUGACAUCGAUGCUAUCAAAGCAGCAUCUGCUGGGAGAUAGAAGUGUAUCACCUGGUCAAAAUCUGGUACAAGCCCAUGAGACCACAAAUGGAAGUGUCAGUGAAGUUGCUGGUCUGUCUGCACAAAUAGUGGAUGACAAGGACUUUCCAAUGAGGAACACCAAAUUAUCCAACUCAGACAUCGUUUGGUCGGGAGUUGCAUGGACAUGUGGCAAACAACUUAAGCAUUAUCCUGCAUUUUGCAGGAAUGGCAUCAAAAUAGCGAUUCAGUCCUUUGUUUUUGUUAUGGGCAAGGGAGAGAAUCAUUAUAUUGCUUAUUUAGAGGAUAUGUAUGAAGACAGGAGGGGGCAGAAAAAGGUUAAAGUGAGGUGGUUUCACCAUAAUCAGGAAGUCAAAGGUGCAGUUCCUGUACGAAAUCCUCAUCCUCGGGAAGUUUUUAUCACAUCUUAUUCUCAAGUCAUUAGUGCAGAGUGUGUUGAUGGUCCUGCCACAGUCUUAACUCGGGAACACUAUGAAAAAUGCAUGCCUUCCUUUCCACCCACUUCAACAGACAGAAUACAUUUGUGCUUCAGGCAAUUUAAAAACAAUAAAGUCAAGCCCUUUGACUUGAGUAAACUGCGUGGAUACUAUGCUCAACCAGUUCUUUCUUGCUUGCAUCUUGAUUCUGUCCAGAACCCUGAGUCUAAAGCCAAUAGUUUUGCAGUAGAAGAUGAAGAGUUGAGUGCAGGUAGUGAUGUAAAGCUGAGAGCCAAGAGGAGCAGAAGUGAUAAGGGGUGUGCUCGGUCUGGGAUAGGUCGCCAGGGAGUUAGGAAGUUAAUUAGAAGUAAGCAAAUGAUGGAUUACAAAAGCCUCCAGGUUGAAUGUCAACCUUGGUGUAACCCCAUGUACAAAGUUAAUGACAAGAUAGAGUUGCUCUGUCAAGAUAGUGGCAUUAGAGGCUGUUGGUUCAGGUGUACAGUUGUGCAGGUAUCUCGGAAACAUUUGAAAGUUCAGUAUGAUGAUGUUCAGGACGAAGAUGGUAGUGGAAAUCUUGAGGAAUGGGUCCCUGCUUUCAAGUUGGCCAUGCCUGAUAAACUUGGGAUGAGACAUUCUGGCCGGCCCACCAUCAGGCCAGCUCCAACUUAUGAGGAGCAAGAAUUGGCUGUUGAGGUUGGAACUGCAGUUGAUGCAUGGUGGAGUGAUGGCUGGUGGGAGGGGGUUGUAAUUAGAAUUGACAACUGCGGCGAUGAUAGUGUUCAAGUCUACUUCCCUGGUGAAUGCUUGCUGAUGAAAGUGCACAAGAAGGAUUUAAGAAUAUCUAAGGAUUGGUUAGGGGACAGGUGGAUUAACAGUAAGUCAAAGCCUGAUAUAACCUCAAGUAUAUUCACAGCUAAUAGCUUUAACACAAAGCUUUCCAUGUCCCUAUCUAUAUCUAAAGAUGGGAACACUGUUGGUUUUGCUAAUUCAUGUCAUGAAGGUCCUGUUAGUGAGAAGUCUAAUGAACCUGAUAUUGUUGAAGAGAAAUUUGUGUGUUGUGAUGACUUUACUGAAGAUGGGGACUGUGUCCAUGAUAAUAAACCCCCUUCAGAAAAAGGUACCCAAGUUGAUAAUAUUGAGAUACAUGGCAGUUGUGAUAAUGAAGAUAAUGGUGAUGAUAAUGAUAAGGACAGCAAUGAUGAUGGUGUUAGCAAGAAUGGUGAUAAUGAUAAUAUGGAUAUGGAGAUCUGUGGGACUUCUGGACCGGACUCUAAAGUUGUAGAACUCAUGGAAGUGGCUUCAUAAACAAUUUUUUAGAACUCGUGCAUAAACAUAUGUUGGUGCUGAUUGUAGAGCUUUGACAUAAUCUCAUGCUUGGUUGUAAUCUGAGUUCCAUGUUAGUCUGAUAAAUGUAAAUAGUAUUAGUUACACGGGUGUGUGUGGGAAAGCUGAUUAAUUUUCAACUCAUUUAGGUGUCUUCAUAUAUGUUCAGUGUUGAGUGUAAUGUGCAAGUGUAUUUUCUUCGUUUUCCAUUGAUUGUAUUAGAAAGUAGAUUCAUUUUGUACGAGACAAAUAUUGUUUAGUAAUUUCAUGUGUUAUCUGACUAGUUUCAGUUAC